AGUCCUCCAUACCGGAAAUGCGUUUUGUUCAGGCGGAAGUUAGCUAUGGCUGCGACCUUGUUUGUUUGAGAGCUAAAUAUACUUGGGCCACAAGUAGGAACGUUUAAGUAUAAAUAUUUAGCUUUUAACAUUAUGAUUUCCCUUAUUAAGUCUGCGGCCGGCGGACUGACAGGAGUCUGCAGAGUCUACGGUCACCAGCAAGUUCUUUCACAGUGCUGCUUGAAAACCCUCCCUGCUGGGCUCAAGACGUUCCAAGUCCCACCUGACUACAGCGAUGUGUUUCUGCCGAGCAAACCCAAACUGAAGUUUCUGAACAAGGUGCCAAAUUUAAAAAAGGCCAAGAAAGAGAUGAAGAAGCUGCGGGAUAUCCAAGGCCCGGCAAAGGCUUCAAACACCUUCAUAAAUGGACAGUAUGCUAUUGUGGCAUUGGGUGGAGGCUAUCUACGCUGGGGUCAUCUAGAGAUGAUUCGUCUGACGAUUAACCGCAAGAUGGAUUCCAAGACGACGUUUGCACGGUGGCGCAUCAACGCCCCGUAUAAACCCAUUACCCGUAAAGGUCUGGGCCAGCGCAUGGGUGGCGGUAAAGGAGCCAUCGAUCACUACGUGACCCCGGUUCGGUGUGGACGUUUGAUCAUAGAGAUGGGAGGAAUGGUGGAGCUGGGGGAGGUUGAGCACAUCUUAUCUGAAGUGGCCAAGAAGUUGCCUUUUCCUGCCAAGGUUAUGAGCAAAGAGAGUCAUGCAGAGAUGCUGAAGAUGCAGGCAGAAAAGGAGCAGAACAACCAGAAUCCCUGGACCUUUAAGCGGAUUGCACAGGGCAACAUGAUGGGUAUCAGGAAGGUUCUCAGUCCCUUCGACCUGCACAAUCAUGGACGCUAUUCAGGCAAAUUUCAUUUUCCAGAAAGGGUGUGACAGACGGGAAAGACGGUUUUGUGCUGUGCGGCGACACCUUCUGGACCACACUAGCAGAAUUUUAAAAGGUUUCAACCUUUUAGGCCCAUCUGAAUUUUUUUCAUCUUGUGUUUCAGUGUCAUUUUUCAUUAAAAUCAUUUUUUCCUUUGGUGAAAAAAGUAAUAAAAACUACAUUCUUUA